UGCCCUCCUCCAGCCCGGGCGAGGCCCGAGGCCCUGGGCAGCCUCCAGGUGCAGCGUCCUCCUGAGGGCCGCACCCUUCCCGCUGCCCUGGGGCAUGUCUCUACUCACCAAUUAUGAGGGGCUUCGGCAUCAGAUCGAGAGGCUGGUGCGGGAAAAUGAGGAACUGAAGAAGCUGGUGCGGCUCAUUCGGGAGAAUUACGAGCUCAAGUCAGCGAUCAAGACACAGGCGGGCGGCCUGGGCAUCAGCGGGUUCAGCAGCGGGCUCAGUGAGGCGGCGGCCAGUGCUUCUCCACACCAGGGUGUCUUCCUGCCCCCGUCCCCGGCAGCAGCAAACGAACCCAUCCUGGAAGAAGUGGGGAUUGUGGCUCUGGCACCCCUGGCCGACAUGCUAAACAGCCCGCAGCCCAGCCCCGUGGCAGGCCCCAUCGUGAGCCCCCUGGCAGGCCCUCUCAACACGCUGCUGCCCGGCCCAGGGCCCACCUCCCAGAGCAGCCCACUCACCAGCCUCCUGAGCAGCCAUCUGGCCAGCCCCCUGGUAGUGCCCCAAGUGGGCACACCAACCAGCUCCCUGGGCCUGUCCUCCACCGGCUCCCUGAUGCCCAGCAGCCCCCUGGUGGGCCCCGUGGCAGUGCCCCCAGGGGGCACACCAACCAGCUCCCUGGGCCUGCCCUCCACCGGCCCCCUGACUCCAGGAAGCCCCCUGGUGGGCCCCCUAGCUGUGUCUCAGAAUGGCCCCCUGAUGCCCCCUAUGACAGGCUCGGGGGUCCUCUCCCUGAGCACCCCCCUGCUCACCUCCACGGCCACCCCUCUAGGUGUCUCUCAGAACAUUCUGGCCAACCCCAUGAACAAUCUGGUGCUGUCGGAGGCCCCACGGGUGAGGCUGGCAGAGCCGCUCCGAGGAUAUCCCCCAGGACCCCACCCCUCGGCUGACAGGGGACCUUCUGCCACCUCCAAAGUCCCACUCUCCACUGAGCACCCCCAGCCAACCCAGGAGCCGGAGCCCCUCAGCAUGACAUUUGUGGGUGCACCCAUCCAGACCUCCACCCCUGUUGGUGCCCUGGGCACUCCGGGCCCCGUGACAGCCUUCUCCUAUGGCACCUCAGAUGCCCAGACACAGCCUGGCGGCCCCCAGGGACAAGUGAUCCCUGCCUCUGUCCCUGUCUCGACUGCCUCCAACAUGGCCAUCCUCACCUCUGCCCCCACCCCCACCCCCCCAGUGACCACCAGCUAUGCCCCCUCAAGCACGCCGCACCCCUCUGCCCGAAUGCACCACUCCCCAUCCCGGCCCUCGCCCACCCCUCACUCCCCUCCACGCAACCCCCGCUCCCCACCGCGAACCUCGUCCUCCCCGGCUUCAGUCACCGACACCCGUGGUCCACGCGGCCCAGAGCAGUCUCGGAAAAGCAUCCUGGAGUUGGAGCGGAAGCUAGCCCACCGCAAGAGCAGCAAGUUCCCUGACAGCUCUCGAGAAUCAAAGCAGCUAGCCUGGGAGAGGCUGGUGGGGGAGAUCGCCUUCCAGCUGGACCGCAGGAUCCUGUCCAGCAUCUUCCCCGAGCGUGUGAGGCUCUAUGGCUUCACAGUCUCCAACAUUCCGGAGAAGAUCAUCCAGGCCUCCCUGAACCCCAGUGACCACAAGCUGGACGAGGAGCUGUGCCAGACGCUCACACAGCGCUACGUGAGCAUCAUGAACCGGCUGCAGAGCUUGGGCUACAACGGGCGGGUGCACCCAGCGCUGACGGAGCAGCUGGUGAACGCUUACGGCAUCCUGCGGGAGCGGCCGGAGCUGGCCGCGUCCGAGGGUGGCUCCUACACAGUGGACUUCCUGCAGCGUGUGCUGGUGGAGACUGUGCACCCCAGCAUGCUCACUGACGCACUGCUGCUGCUCUCCUGCCUCAGCCAGCUGGCCCAUGAUGAUGGCAAGCCCAUGUUCAUCUGGUGACGCCACCAUUAAAGCUUCCCUCGGACGCUGGCCGCUGGGCCCGGGCCGGUACUCCUGGGUGGUGCCGCCUCCUCUGGGGCCCUUCUGUCCUGUCUGCUCUGAGGGCUCCUGCCCCUCGGGGUCCCCGGAGAGAGCCCCAAGGCCAAAUUUCAGCAGCUGUCAUGCUGAGGGGAUGUUCCAGAAGCCCCACAUCUCCCCUCACAUGGCCUGAGGCCUGGAGUGGCCAGAGCAGGAAGCGAGAAGGAGCCGAGCUGGCAGAGGGUGUGUGGGUGUGCCCGCAGCCCUGGCCACCUGCUGGCGGCUGGGUGAGGCCUGGGCCCAGAGCAGAAGGCAGAGUGGGCUCUGGAGGAGGCUGUGGGCACAGGAGCACCUCCCUCUGCACUAGGCAGGGACAAGGAGGGUGGGGACAUGUUUUCUGGACCCUCAUCAAGGGCAGAGGGACAUUAAAGGGACGGGAGCCAGGAGAAAGAGACUCACUCACACUUGGGCACUG